AUGGACGCCACCACAGACCUCGCGCGCUCGCGCUCGCGCCGCCGCCGGCGACGCGACCGCUCCGCCUCCCCGCCACCAGCCACGGCCGAUACGAACAGCGCCGGUCCGGAGUACGACCUGAGCGAGCCGACCAUGGCGGAGAAGCUCGCGGCCCUGAACCUGCCCUCCGACGUGGACGGCGACACGGCAGUCGCGGAGGAGACAACAGCCGUGGUGGUGCCGCCCAGCGCGGACUCGGUCCACGUCCUGCUCAGGCAGGCUCUGAGGGCCGACGACCGCGCCGCGCUGCUCGGCUGCCUCUGCAACAGGGACGACAAGGUUAUUGUGAAGUCGGUAUCACUUCUGACACCAGCAGACGCUGUGAAGCUUCUCAAGUCCUUGAUAUUGCUUAUGCAAUCUAGGGGGUCGGUACUGGCCUGCUUGCUUCCAUGGCUACAGUCUUUGCUAAUUCGACACAUGAGCAGCAUAGUAUCUCAGGAGUCCUCUCUGGUGCUGCUCAACUCGCUCUAUCAAUUGAUUGAUGCAAGAACAUCUACCUUCGCAUCGUCACUCAAAUUGUCUACCUGCCUAGAUUACCAUUUUAGCGAGAUCGGUGGUGAUGAAUCCGACGAGGAAGAGGGAGCACCUGUGAUAAUCUACGAGGACAAGGACUCUGAUGAGGAAGAGUCUGAAGUUGAUGAUGAUGCUAUGGAAACUGAGGAGAAGGAGACAGACGAGGAAGAAUCUGAAGUUGAUGAUAUGUAAAAGACAAGGAGAGUGAAAAAUAUGACGGCAUUUUAACUUUGUGCCUUCGUUAUACCUCUACUGUCACCAUCAUGAACAAUUGCGACACUCUGCGUUAGUCUAAUCUGUUGCGUCUUGUAAUCAUACAUAUGCCAGAAGCAUUAGGUAAGAUGAUUUUGUUUAACGGGCUAUUGGUGACACUGGAAGUUUUGUUGAUCAUGGUGAGUGCGCUAAAAUUUGU